AUGGACACAAGAACUGGACAAUGGGUCACCCUAUAUAGGAGAAAACAACAUCUUUCUCACCUAGUAGUCCAAGACUUCAUGGAGCCGGGACAGAACUGGAAACAGAUCCAGGCCUGUCGUUGGGUCCAGCAUCUUCACUUCAACAACGAGAACUUUCACAAUGACACCAUGCCACUGAAGCUGUGGCACAGCGCCGAGCUGAUGGAGUGGGUGGGGCCUGUAUCCCUGCUGGAGGCCAAUCACCACAUCAGCCCAGGCUCUGAGUUCAGUGUGGCUGGGUGGGGUCGGACCGUAGUGAACACCACCACCGACAGGCUGCAGGAGGCAGAGCAGGAGGUGGUGUCAGAGAGCCUGUGCAAAGGGUGGUACCAGCAUUAUGACUCCACCACUGUGCUGUGCACCGGCAGCUUCCAUGCCAAGAAAUCAGUGUUCCAAAUAAAAAUCCCCCCACCCGGAGCCAUUGGGGGGUACAGCAAGUUGCUUCAGGGAAAGGAGCUGGUGAAAACCAGUAUGGCCAUGCCCCUCCCAUGCUCCACUGCUCAGAGGGGAGCCAUGGUGCAUCUUGGGAGAUGCAGCCCAGGCAGGGAGACCAGCACCUAG